GCCGUGCUUGUCCUUGACGAUGCCUAUCAAUCGCUGUACUUUGAGAACUUUCUGCUGGGUAUGCGCAGUCACAACUUCCGCGUGAGCGAGCUGUCGUGCCAGGCCAUUCGCAUAAGCCUGACGAAUGCCACAGAUCUUGCCAAGGGGUUGCUAGGCAACCCACCGGAUUCUCGAGUCCGCUCUGCGAUGGGAUUCCUACAGAAGUACUAUCUGGCAGUGCUACCGGUGGCACUGGAUGUACUUCUGGAUACCGCUCUGGAAUCAAGAUUCUUCGACACCUGCGCACUGCUGUCCAUGAUGGUGCGGCUUUUGACACAAGAUCAGGUACCGGCACUCUACCCUGACUGUGAGCCUAUGUCGGGUACUACGGACGCGCCCAACGACACGGUCGAGGCCAACACAACAGCGGCGAAGAAUGUGAUUGCCUCGCAUUUACUUAACACUCGCGGUAGGCUACAAAGAUCGCAGGUGCUGCAGUUCUGUGACCGUGUCUUCCUGGACUUCGGCAACGUACGGGCCUUAGGCUUUGUUCUAAAGGAUCUCAUGAAGGCGAUCAAGUCAAGCGAAGUAGAACCAGAACACGGGGAGGAGACACUGCAUAUCUGAGCCGACACCUUUAUCCGAUUGAGUGGGGGGGAGGGUCCCUGUUUGUCGUACGCUAUAUGUAACCAUUGAAUUCUCCAAGGAACAGAGCUCAACAAGUGGCCUCUGAAGUUUGAUCUCCGCAGACUCUACAGGCUAGAGGCGAACCAUCACGGGCAGUGCUAGGUGCAUGUCCAUAGGGCACCUUAGAUGCCGACGUGACGGAACAGACUCUGGCUAUUAUAUGGUGAACUCAACUUGCAGUGCACUACGCCGACAACUAGUGACAGCGAACGACCGGGAGCAUGCACAAACCACGUGCUCGAUGGCCUCAGUAGAACAGUGGCAGAUAGCACAAUUCAAUACAUGUGAGAAUUGUAGUAUAAACGCUUUGGAUAUGUGGAGCGACGGUGAGCCUUAGAGCUACUAAUCGAUACUCCAUAUCGAAAAAGCACCGUAUGAAGUACAUAUGGUUUUUUUUAAAGACAAAAUAGGGCACGAAAUGUGUGUCCGGAUACAUCAAUAAAAUUGAUAUAAAGAAAUUGCAAAUAUUUGUUAUCAAAUUGUGCUCACAUCAUGUACAAUCCCUGGAUCAUUGUAUACAUACACGUCGACAUAUCCACAUACGAAACCAUACACCAUACCACGACAUUGUCAAACGUUUGUGUGUCUAUAAAAG